CUUUUACUGGGACACUGUAUUCCAUAUAUAACGUUCUAUUAGAUAGGACCACGUUGUAGGCGAAGAGCACACAAAUGACAGUGGCCUCUGCAAGCAAAGAAUGCCAUUUUCCAGCUUUAUGGACCGCUGAUAAGCCCACCAAACUGACUGAUGAAUACGAACGAUGAGGCCCAUCAUAUGACAAGGACAUUAACGGUAUAAACUACAUUGCAUCAAAGAUGGUAGCUAAGUCACUGGCUGCAUUUUACCAACAAGAACGGCGGACUUUAAAAGUCUUAGACGUGGGAGCAGGAACCGGACUUGUGGGAGUGGAGACAGUUAUGACGUCAUCAUUUCUGCCGGAUCUUUGCUUCUUGGACAUUUACCGACGGAUUCCUUCAUUGAAGCCACACGAGCCAGGUGGAAUCAUUUGUAUGAUAGCUCGAACAGGAGACACGGGUAACUCCAAUUUAUCGGGAUACCGGGAUCAGUGCAAAGUCGUAACUAAGCAACUACAGAAAGACAGGAAACUAGAGAAAAUCAAAUGGGAGAAAGUGCAAUACUACAGAUCAACGGAAGGGAUUAUAAUGGCGUAUAGAGUAUUGCAAUAAAGUGUGUUUUAGAUAUUUUAACAACUACUGUUUAGUCUUACAACGCGCUGUUGAAGGUUGACCAACCCAUAUGUGUUGAACUCACUUCUAAAACUUUUUAAAACAUGUAAAUAGUAGCUUAUAGUUGAGUUUCAGACAAUUUUAUCGAUAGAUCAAAAACGAUUUUUCUUUUAAGUUGUAACAAUUAAAGAACUUACGAAAUGAAUGUAAUUACUCUGAAAGAAUGGUUUGAAAAACAAUGAAUAUUGAAGCAAAGGGGGAAACUUUUUACAAAUUUAAAAAAAUGAUUUGU